AAACUAAAAACAUGACGACAACAACACAUAAUGAAUACACUGACAUUGAGCUGGAGGUUGGCAGUACCAACAAAACGGAUCCAAUUUAUUCGAUCAAACCGGAUUUCAUAACACAAUGGCGGCAGAAGAAGGAGCGUGAAAAUAUAUGCAAAUCAAUCUUUAACCGUUUUGUGGAACAUUCUGAGUGCAAACGUUUACUGGAGGCCGCCCAACUCUAUCAUCCCUUCAUCGGUGAUAAUGGCGAGCUGAAUAUGUGGAAUGCCAACAUCGACUUGGACCUGUUGGCAAACUACAACAACCGUAGUUUGAACUAUAGCUUACUGGAGGAUUUUACGAAUGCGACUAUGCGAGAUCCGACACCGUCGCAGGUGCUGCCACCUUUUGCACUCUGGCAAAGCAUAUUGAUAGCAUUGUGCCUAUCUAUAUGCAUCAUACUAACAGUUGGCGGCAAUCUGCUCGUGCUAAUUGCCUUCAUUGUGGAUAGAAACAUACGACAGCCAAGCAAUUAUUUUAUAGCUUCCUUAGCCGCAACGGAUAUAUUAAUCGGCACAGUUUCCAUGCCCUUCUACACAAUAUAUGUGCUAAUGGGCUAUUGGGAUUUGGGUCCGCUGCUGUGCGAUCUGUGGCUAUCUGUGGACUAUACCGUGUGCUUGGCUUCGCAGUACACAGUAUUGCUGAUAACCAUUGAUCGAUAUUGUUCGGUGAAAAUUGCCGCCAGGUAUCGCGGUUGGCGCACUAAAAAGCGUGUUAUUUAUAUGGUUACAAUCACCUGGAUCAUACCAGCAUUGCUAUUCUUCAUAUCUAUAUUCGGUUGGGAGCAUUUCACCGGCAAACGCGAUCUGCUGCCAGGUCAGUGUGCUGUGCAAUUUCUCAAGGAUCCUGUCUUCAACACAGCUCUAAUUAUCGGCUAUUAUUGGACUACACUGGUGGUUCUAUUCGUUUUGUAUGGCGGUAUUUAUCGCACCGCCUAUGAAAUGCAGAAACGUAGCGAAGCUAAGCAGCGUAAGAUGCAGUCAAUGGUGGCAUUAAGUGCAGGCGCCAUGUCUGGUAUGGCGGGUCAUGCAGCCGGUAUAGGUGUAAUCGAGGAGAAAAUAUUGAAAACACAAGUCGAGAUCGGUGUAACUACCAACAAAGAUGCCGCGCCGAAGCGUGGCUCUGGACAGAUGAAUCCAUUGGCACAAGCUGAAGCGAUUAAUGGUUCAGCGGGAGAUGGAACCAAUGAGCAACGUCGUAUUUCAGAAGGUAAAGCAGAUAACAAUAAACGCGACGGUGGCUCUGGGGAAACAGAGAAAAGUGAGCGCUCGAGUAGUCCAGCCUUUGACUCGGAUGAGGAAAGCUCUGUCAACCAGACUCAGCAGUUAGCCAGUCAACAGAAACUUGCCAAUCUGCGAAAGCGUUCGUCAAUCGGAUUGGUUUUUGGCGCGCAAGCCGCACUGAUAGCCACCCGUAGUAAAGGUAAUUUAGCACAAUGCUCUAUUUCUUCCAAAUCCAAUGAAGCAAUGGCCUCUACCGUUACUGCCACAUCUCCCCAUACGGCACGCAGUGGUGUGCUUACACGUGCGCAAAGUAAAGAAGAGGUGAGCGUAUUAUCGAAUGCAAGUAAUGAUCGCCUAAAGCGUACAUCAUGUACAGCGCUAUCACAAAUUGCCGAAACCGAGCAGCUACAUGACGAACAGCAUGGCUCGGCACAAGUGCCGUCUCGUGCUCGUUCAAGAAAUGCCACUAAAUUGACAACCGAAUCUCCACUCUCUCCAGUGGAUAUCGCCCCUAUCGAGAUACCCCGUGACCAAGUACAGCAGUGCUUGGUACAAGCUAUACUUCCACCACCCGAACAAUUCCAAUGCCCCUCACCCUUCUCCGAAUAUUCGGAUCGCCCAUUAGGUGAUACCAGCAGUAAUAGUGAACUUAAUAUGACUUACAAUCUGCUCACUAAUCACUCGGAUCUACGGUUUAUGGAUGAAAGUUCCAUUAUGCUAGCCUCACCCACCACUAAUGGAAGCGUAACUAACUCUCACCGACAAACAUUACCACAAGCCGGUGUCAUGGUACAUGGUACCGAGAUGCAAGCAAAUCUCGAUCGAGCUAACCAAGUCGUAACAAAUCCCAAGUUAUUGCAACAGGCACUGCAAAAAGCCGUAGCUGCACAGCAGCAAUUGCAACAUCACGGCAAGCCCAAAACGGCGAAACGUGCUUCCCCAACAGAAACCAGCAAUCCACCCGUUCCAUCCAAUGGUAAAACAACAUUUAAACCUCAAAAUGACAUUGAAACUGUCGAAAUUGAACGUCACCUUCUUGUUUCCUACACAGGCAUGGAGGACUUUGCGAAAGUGCGUCGAGAAAGCUGCAUAGAAGCAAUCAGUUUGCUCAGCGCUAAUGAGCACGCCAAGUUGAUUGCCGAUAAUGUAACAGCAACAGAGAUACGACGCAGUUCGAGCCCACUAGAGACGCAUACAAAACGCUCAUAUUCACCGACCAACGCGCCAACAAUCACCACAACCACAACAGUGACACUGUCGCUGCAAAACCAAAUAACCACAACUGUCACCAACACGCUUGCACCUGGUGGGCAACUGGAAAAAAUCGAGGAACGCGAAUUGUCAGAAACAGCCAUAACUGCUAAUAACAUCGCCAAUAAAGUGGAGGAGGUGUCAUGUGUAGAAACCACAGUGCCAGUGUCUUCGAAUACCGUGCAAAUGACGACCACAACAAGUGCGGUGUUUGCAUCGGGCGCUGGUAUAAGUACGACCGGUGGCAGUAGUAGUAGUACUUCGAAUACCAACAACAAACAGUCAAGCAUAAAAUCACAAACGCAACCCAGUGGCGAAGCGAGCAGUAGAAAUUCGAGUAAACGCGAUUUCAUGCACUCCAUCGGCAAGCAUUUUAAGAGCAAAAAGAAAAUACCGCUAAUAAUUGGUGGCGGCAGGCAGAAAUCAAAGUCUGAGAAUCGUGCACGCAAAGCAUUUCGUACGAUCUCUUUCAUACUCGGCUGUUUCGUGGCGUGUUGGACGCCCUAUCAUGUGCUCGCGCUGGUGGAGGGCUUUUGUCGUAAUCCACCAUGCACCAAUGAGCAUCUGUAUAUGUUUUCCUAUUUUCUUUGCUACGCAAAUAGUCCGAUGAAUCCCUUUUGUUAUGCGCUAGCGAAUCAACAAUUCAAGAAGACGUUUACGCGCAUACUCAAAGGAGACUUUCAUAUGACUUAAGUAUUAUGAGGAGCGUGAGGAGAGUAGGUGUUUGUGGUGGUGGUGGUGGGGGACUGCUUGUGGGAUGAGUUGAUGAAUUGAUGAGUUGAUGAGUUAAAGAGAGUUUUCGAGUUUGAGAGUUUUAUGUAUGUAAGGGAACUACAUGAGAUCGGUCUUUCAGAAAACGUUUUCGAAGCCAAAGCAACUUUUCAUUUAUUAUUUUCCGUGCGCUGAAGGAGGAAGGUUAGGUUUUUAUUUAAAUGAGUAAUAAUAUAUUUGAUGCCGAUGGAUUGUGGUUUGAACCCUAAUGAGCCCUAGGAACUUACCAG